UGCACAGCAUCAUAUCGGGCCAGCUCGACGUCAAUCUUUAUCACAUCGUCGUGUCAUCUGCUGAAAGUUGUACCUCUGAGAAAAGUUUUAACAAGUUCAAUUCAAAACCAUCAAGAUGACUCUCUAUAUGCCUCCAUUGUCAACUAAGAAGAGAGGAGGUGAGCAGAAAUCUGAUCCUGGCACAAAACGUGUGUUCGGAAACUAUGAAGAAAACCUUCCAGCGGCCCAGAGCCACUACAGCACCAUUCACAGUAAUGUUCUUGCCGGAAGCAAGUUCUCCCCGGCCAAGUCACGGAUCCUGUCUCCGGCACGACUGCACAAACCCCACCCUUCCCAGGUGGGCUUCCUCCUACAGGACUGCCGCCUGAUGCACGAGCCUAUCUGUGACGUCAAACCCCAGUCCAAGGCCGUCAGCGCAGACCCCGAGGGCAACAUGUGGUGGAAGUGGCAGGUUGGAAACGGCGAGGUAGUCAAGAGGACCCCGCCUAAGUACAGCUACCACUCGACCAAUCGGGAUCAGUUCCGGACACCAGAGAAGCCCCAGCUGGGACAGACGAGGCAUGGCAGCAACCCUGGAACUUACGCGUCUAGUGGCAUUGUUCCAGUAACAAGACUGCCAUCUGAGAAAGGCCCCCGCUUAUUGGUUGAACACAUCUCUUAUGACCACCAAUACAACAGCAGAACGAACCCCAGCGAGCCAAUCAGAGGAAAGAAACACGGCAGCAUUGUCUGGGACUGCCUUCAUCCGGUGUCCCCAUCCAAGCUGGCGAUCGGCAGCAACAAGACAACUGUCCUGACAGCGCCCUGGGCGUCCAACACUCAAGACGAUGCAUCGAUGACCAUCAGCAAACUGUCCCCAUCCCAACCGUCUUUGGAGACGGGCAGCAUCAAAUGCCAAGAGGCCGUGAGGCUGGGCACCCUGGAAUCGACGGUGCCGCAGUUCACAGCGUUACCCCCUGUCGCAUCUUGAGGGGCUUUUCUGAGAGGAAUGACUUCGCCGUCCAAAUACAAUUUGAUGAGAAGAAGAAGGUUCACAUAAAUCCAACAUGUCUUCCAACUCCAUCCACACUUCCACCUGUCAUAUAUGGCAGAACAGCCCGAGUGUUGAAGUUUGGCAGUAAUUGUUACUACAGCCUGUCUCCAAAAAAAUGGUACAAUCAAAAACGCAUCACAUUAAAGAAAAAAGACCAGGCUUUCCAAUA